UGUGGAUAUCGUCUGUCUCUCUCGGAAUGUCUCAUACUAUACUCACUUUCUUCUUUCUGUGAGGAUGUGAGAUAAUGAAAUGCCUACGUGAUGAAACAAAGUGAAGGAAGUGACAUAGGCAGUUGAUGUAGCCUCAGGCUACCAUCGAUCUCCUGACUGUACAUCAGAAGGAAGAUCAUCUGCUUCUGAACCACCUCUGACUAUGGGUAACCGAAACCAUGGAAAGCGAAACUGUGGAGAAGCAGGCUGCACAACAGAUAACAUCUAAGGAAUGACCAGGUCAGGCCAUCAUGUGCAUGUUCCAGACCACUGUCCCUGAACACCUUGAUGCCAAGACCUUCUGGCUGUAGGGGAUAAGUGACUUAUGACAGACACCUGGAUCCUGUCUUUGUUUUGACCAGUUCCGGGAUGCCUGAGAAGACACGUGUACCAGACCACAAGCAUCAAUAAAAACCCCAGACCCCUAGCAAAGACUUCCUGUACUCCAACUGUACCUGCUCUCUCUCUCUCUAUUCCUUCAAUAAACUCUGCUUUCACCUCCUGAUGGUUCAAGUUUGAUUUCCAUCCUGUGUGAAGCCAAAGACCGUCUUGGCUGGUCCUGUGUGACUCCCUCUGGGUCCUUCGACCCAGCCUGCCUGCAUCAUCUUGGCGACCACAAAGGGACCCUCAGAAGAACAGCAGUAUCGUCAGAUUGAGUCUGCAAAGCACAAUUUGGCUUUCAGGAACCGUCUUUACAGGAGCCAACUUUGAUACCGCUUCCAAGGGAAGAAGGAGACACAUAUGCCUGUGAGUCUGUCAACGAUUUAAAAUAUCUUUUCAAGAAUAUACCUGCUGCAGUGUCUACCUGAAGCUCCUAGCACCUACCCAUUCCUGAGAACCCGAGGAAAAACCCCAAGUUGCUGCUCUGAAGGACCAAUAAGUAAGGCUCGAUGAAGCUUUUAAAAUCUUUCACUUUUCUGAGUUUACUCUUUCCGUAUCUAGCUCUAGGGAAAUUAAACGGCCCCAAUUUAUUUUUGCAAUGGGCUCAAAACUACGCUGAUAAGUUACAGAAAAGUUCCUGCUGGAUUUGUGGCCUCCUCCCUUUAUCCAGCACCUCAGGCCUCCCUUGGUGGGUUUCUCCUUUGCAAGGCACAGACUGGCAUUACUUAUGCCAAUACAUAGAAGAUAUGGUUUUCAGCCCAAAUACGAGCAUAUAUAGUGACAUCUCUAUCACUAACAGAAAGGUUUCUUAUUGGCCUAUGGUAAAUACCACCUGGAAUUCUCCAGGCCAUGAAAGACCUUUUUCCUACACCCAGACUGCCAAAAUCAUGAAUGAAUAUGCCAACGCUAAUAUUGAAAAUAAACGAGCAUUGUGGGGAACAAUGAAGCCUAACAAUAUGAGAUAUACUGAUGAUGGCUAUUUUCAAGUAUGGGAUGAAUUUAUGUGGCUUACUCCUACCAUAGGUCACUUAAAUCAGAGAGCUCUUUUGUGUUGGGAGCAAAGAAAUCAUACCUAUGAUGCCUGGCCUAACAGUACCCGUGAAUUAGGAUGGCUCUCCCAAAGAGACUGUACCCAUACCAUUGUUUUACAAGCAACUGACUGGUUUGCCACUGACUGGUUCAGACGGCCAAGCAUCAGGUGGUUGGCGCCUAAUGGAACUCAGUGGCUGUGUGGCGCAAAUUUGUGGCCCUGGCUACCUCCUGGAUGGAUAGGGCGCUGUACCCUGGGCUUUCCCUGGAUGCAAGGGAGUUGGCAUAAAGAAAUACCGAAGCCUGCAAAUUAUCCCUAUCUACUUCAUCGCUGGACACGGUCAGUCUUCCACUGGUAUGAUCACCUGUUAAGUAUUUUAGUGCCUCAACUGGGAAUAGAAGACAUAAUAUGGCAUGUAGAGGCCCUCACAAACUAUACCACAAAAGCCCUUAAUGAUUCUAUGCGGGGACUGUCGCUGUUAAAUUCUGAAGUUACAUUAAUGAGAAAGGCUGUGUUACAAAAUAGGAUGGCCUUAGACAUACUCACAGCAGCACAGGGAGGAACCUGUGCUAUCGUUAAAACUGAAUGCUGCGUAUACAUCCCAGAUAGCUCAGCUAACAUAUCCGACGUUUUGGCUGACAUGCGCACCCAAGUUGAAGCAAUGUCUGACGCCUCUGGUUCCCUCAAUGAUUGGAUUUCUUCCUGGUCUAGUGGAGGUAUAUGGGCUUGGUGGAAAAAACUUCUUUUACUAGCAAUAGCAGUAGUUAUGCUAGCGUUUUUUCUCUGCUGUGGGGGCUACUGUUGUUGCAUGCUCUGCAUGAAUAUGUCAGAAAAAUUAUCAGAACGGGUGCUCUUUAGGAGCCAUUUUAUUCCCAGGUUGAAGCCUCACGUACACCUUUGACAAUCCACAACUAGGGGCCCUUCAUUUAAUUGGGAUUUUUAUACCUCCCAGUAGGUAGGGUCUUCGAUCCCUUUCAGCCUGAAGAAGCUACAGAAGACGAGACCUUCACCCUUCAACACCCCUUAAGAAUAAGGAGGAUAAAAAUCCCAUAGCAGGCAAUGAGACAAGGAAACCUAAGGGAUACCAUGAGAAAAAAGUUGGUUUUCUUUUUCAUUUUGCUUCUUUUCGGGCUUCUGUUCUUGCUAGGACCUGCCCUGCCUUAACGUAUGUCCUCCUUGUAAGGCACAGAGUUAAUGAUUUCUUUGGAGUCUUCUAGCACAAUACACAACAUCUAAGGAGUGACCAGGCGAGGCCAUUAUGUGCAUAUGCCAGACCACUGUCACUGAACACCUUGAUGCCAAGACCCCCCCGGCUCCAUGGAAUAAGUGAUUUAUGCUGGUCGCCUAGACCCUGUCUUCGUUCUGACCGGUUUGGGGAUGCCUGAGAAGACAUGUGCACCAGAUCCCAGUCGUCAAUAAAACCCAAGGCCCCAAGCAAAGACUCCCUCUUUUCCUUUCUGAGUCUCGCAGACACUCCGUGUGUAUCUGCUCGCUCUCUCUCUCUCCCUUCAAUAAACUCUGCUUUCACCUCC